GGGGCGCUCCAGGCGGAAGGCCGGGCCUGGGUAGUGUGGCGUGAGGAUUGCUGGGAAGCUCCUGCGUUCCUGCGGGCUUUAGCUGGAACGUGAAAGCACGGCUAGUCCCGGCCUGGCGUGUGUAGCCCCUAACCCCCAGACGCCCCCUGGAUCCUGUGGAUCGGGGCUGUCACCCAAGUAGCCUGCACCGGGGCCUCGGAUCUCCGGCUUGUCUCUAAAAUUUGGAGCUCGUUUUCCCCUUACCGGGCGAGGGCGUUACUCUGGUCUCUCGGUUCUUCUUAAGGGGGGAAAAAAAUCCGGUUUUAGCAAUUUGUUUAGAAAACAAGGACUUGUAAAGAGAUGUCGGGGGUGGCAGGUCCGUGGGGUCUGUGUUGUGAAUUUUAAUUUAUUUUGUAUUAGUAUAUAUGAUGUGGAGGUGUUACCAUAUUCAUGGGAUCAGGCGAUUUGAUUUACCAGCUCCCAAAUCACCGGCGGGUUCUCGUUUGGAACGUUCUUCCCAUGAUCCUUUAGAAAAGCCUAUUGGGUGGGUGGGACGAAAAGAUGGGCCCAUGCAUAUGGCCAAGCCGAAAUGAAAUAUAAGAGGUUGAUUCUCAGUAGAAGGCGAGAACCAACUUCUGCAAGUAAUAUGUUCUACAUCUCCCACUGGACUCAAUGCUGUGCUACAACCCUCUCAGUCACCCCAAAACGUAAUAAAAUAUUUAAACCUAAAUAUUAUAAUGAGGUGGAGGUCUUUCGAAUUGUGAGGUAAUACCUGGGUACCUUAGUUUUUAAUGUGGCAAGAGCAACCAUCCUACAGCUUGAAGGAUGUUUAACCACAAGGGACAUUCAGACCAGAAGACACAGCUACCAAUAUACGCUAUGUCUGCAUUGCAGCUGCCAUUAAAGGGUGCCACCUCGUCACACAGUCACUCAAGAGCCAGACCUUGGAUGCGGAAGUUGAUGUGUUAUGCUCAGUUCUCUACAGCAAUCACAACAGACUGGGCCACCACAAGCCCCAUUUGGCCCUCAGACAGGUAGAACAGUGCUUAAAGCGUUUGAAACACAUGAAUUUGGAGGGCUCAAUUGAAGACCUGUCACAGUUGUUGUCUGCCAAUGCAACUCAGCCUGGAGCUACUGAAAACAGAGUCGUCCCCAGCCAGCCGGUGGUGGAGGUGGCCCUGAUGAAGGUUUUGGGAGGCUGCAAGCUGUUAUUGCGUUUGCUGGACUGCUGCUGCAAAGCAUUUCUAUUGACUGUGAAGCACUUAGGGCUCCAGGAGUUCAUUAUUCUGAACCUUGUGAUAGUUGGGCUGGUGAGCAGGUUAUGGGUUCUCCAUAAAGAACUUUUGAAAAGGCUGAUUUCCUUAUAUGAGCCAUUGCUUGGAUUGCAUCAGGAGAUCUCCAGGAUUCAGCCCAUGCCUUACUUCAAAGAUUUUGUUUUUCCUUCUGACAUCACUGACUUUCUAGGCCCCUCUUACCUUGAAGUCUUUAAGGGAAAGACACCUGCAGCUUUUGCUACUAAAGGAGUAACUAAGUUGCUAAAUAAACUGUUUUUAAUGCGAGAGCAACUACCAAAGACCAGCGAAGACACCUCAGAUAGACUUUCCAAACCAUCUGAACAAAUGAAAAGCAAUCCACAGAGCUGUGUGGACCUGGGACAGCCAGUGAAAGCAUGUAAGAGGACCAAGAAAGAAAAGCCAUUGGGAUUUGACGUGCGGGCUUUCUGCACAAGACUUCCAAACAAAGCUACUCAGGAGUCUAACCAGAAGUUUAAACAUUCUCAAUCCAAACUGAAGACAACGAAACUUUCCUCUCAGAAACUGAGAACUCAUUGGGCUAACAAUAUUGUGCAAAGAAUUCGAAUGACCAGGACGUUCACCCAGCUUUCUGAAGAAAUCAAAAUGGCAAUUGUGUGGUCCCGGAACAAGAAGCUCAAGGCUCAGGCCACCUAUCUGGGCAACAAACUUCUUAAGAGCAAUAGGCUUAGACAUGUGGAAUCUCAAGGUUGUAGUUUGUCGAAGAAGCUUCAGUGCAUGAAAACUUCUCUUUGCAACUGCCUUCUCAGAGGCUCUAGUAUCAGUUCUUCAAAGCAUCCUCCCAGACAAAGAAGAUCAAAGUAUAAAGUUUUAUCAAGACCAAGGAAACCGCAGAGACAGUUACAGUCAACUGGUUUAAAGGAAACCCAGCAGGUCCCUGAAGGGACUCUGAAGAAUACUAGGGACAGCAGUGCUACGAGGAGAUGCUCUGGGACAGUUCAGAGGCCAGAUGUCUGUCCUAAUGGAAAGCAGGUCUUGAGAAAACUUGCAAAGCCUGACCUAAAAACAAAGAAGAUGGGGAUCCAUGGGAAUCUUACAGGGGGCAGUGGAAAUGAAUCUAGCUUUUGGGUGAAGAGACAGAUGCACACACACAGUGCGCCAGACACUGCUAAAGAGGCAGAUGACAUUGAUGAUAUUUUUGCUUUGAUGGGAGUUUAGAUGUACUUAUGUGAAACGUCUGAACAGUUAACAAGCUGGUCCAGUGUUCUGCUACUUUAAGGGGUAUUGCUGAGAUCUGGAAACACUGCUUAGGCUGAGAGCUGCUUCUGUGCAGUAUUCCACAGGAGUGCAUUCAGUUCAAUAAACAUUCACGGCAGUGUUGGGUAAGUUAA